AUGACAGGUCUCCGGGUCUUAAUCAUCGAGGCACGGGAUCGCAUUGGAGGCCGGUCGUGGUCGUCGAACAUUGGGGGUUAUCCAUUUGAAAUGAGAGGCACUUGGGUGCAUUGGGGCCAGUCGCAUGUGUGGCGCGAGAUUUCACGCUAUCAAAUGCGCCAUGAGCUCGAGCCAUCCUUUGAUUCUCCCACGGAUUAUGCCGUUUCUCACAAUGCGUUCCAUGUUCCUGCUGCGCAUCCAUACGAUAGUUUGUCGGCCCAGGACCGUCUGAAUGAGGUCGCUACAUCUCUUACCUUGGACGAGCGUGCCGUGCUGGAGAGCUUCAUCCUGCUCUGCAGCUGUGGUACUCUCGAAACGACCAGCUUCUUCGAGUUUCUCCAUGGGUGGGCGCUGAGCGGCUACUCUUACCAAGGCUGCAUGGACUAUUAUAUUUCAUACAAAUGCAAGCGUGGUCAGUCUAGCUUUGCCAUAAAUUUCUUUAAGGAAGUUCUUUCGACGGGUAACCUUCUCUACGCGUUCAACAGUCUGGUGCAGUCCAUCAAAGACGAGAGCGGCAAGGUCACUGUGAGCACCCGAAAUGGCCACAACUAUACAGCCACUCGCUUGAUCUCCACCAUCACGUUCCCUCCACCGUUGGGACCACAGAGAACAACUGCAAUCAACAUUGGCCAUGUUAGCCAGUGUGUCAAGGUCCAUGCUGAGAUCUCCAGCCGUGCGAUGCGAUCCUGGAGGGGAAUCUCAUACCCUUCCAACAAACUAUUUUAUGCCAUUGGCGAUGGCACAACUCCCGCUGGCACCACACACGUGGUCUGUUUUGGAAGGGCGGCAAAUCACAUUCAGCCCGAAGAGAACUUGGAUACAACCAAGGAAGCCGUUCGGGCAAUGGCUCUUAGGAAAAUGAGUAUCAAGCGCUCGAUAUUCCAAAACUGGUCAAAAGACGAGUUUGCCAAGGGAGACUGGUUCUUCGCUCCUCCAAAGCUUCUCUCUACCUCACUGGAUAAGCUCCACUCUCAGCAUGGGAAUGUUCUGUUUGCAAAGUCGGACUGGGAUGUAGGAUGGCGUAGUUUCAAUGAUGGUGCAAUUGAAGUGGGAACUCGUGCAGCAAAGACUGUGACAGAAGAGUUGCGCUCUCUGUCCACUGCACGUGCUCAUUUGUAG